AUGACGCCUCUGCCGUGGUGGGUGUUGCUGGCAUUUCUGUUGGCCGGCGUCGGGGCGCAACCCGACGAUUACGCAUGCGUUCGCCUUUGCCGUGCUCGGAACCAGAUCCCCGAGAUCACGGGAGUCUGCGAGUACCGUCAGACGCUCGUCCUUCAGUCCGGCGUAGGCCGGUACCCGAUACAGCGCCUCCUCAGCCUUUGUUUGACCCCGUGUGGUGGUCCCGGUUCGCCUGACAGCGAACUGUUCGACGGCUCUCAGACCUGUCGCGUCUUCAGGGAGAUUCUGAUCAGGCAGCAAGCCUGCCUCUGUGACUCUUCGAGAGAUGACAGCUUGGAAAACAAUCCAGCAGACGUCCUUCUACCCAAGAAUUCCCUCGACGACGAUGAUGACCCUGAAGAGCUGAAACGGUGGAGGUCGAUAAAGUUAUUGACUAUCUUGAAGAAAAUAACUGAGGACCAAAGUCUGGUCCCGAUUAAUUCUGCGGAGAGGAAUAUUCCCGUCGAGGAUAAAAUGAUACUGGAGGAGGAGGACGAAGAAGAGUCGGUCUUCGGCGAAGACUGGUUGAACUCUAGGAUCGCUGGGUUUGUCCACUUGAACCCUGACACUCCUGACGAGUCAGACUCUACAGAGUUGCCCGUUGACUGGGAUAUGUGGUGUAUGACCCAAUGUGACAACGGCCAGGGCGGUACCGCUUGCAACUGUGACCUUAUCCCCUGA